CAUGAAAAGAAAAAUGUGAAUUGAUUUAAAGUCAAAAAUAUAUGAGGCGAAAUUCAUUGAAUAAAUCUACGUGGCCAGGUGACAACACCCUUUUAGCAUUUGAGAAUUGUGCAUUCCAUCCUUAAAGGCCUCUACAUGGUAAGAUGGCGUUUGGAUGCAGAUGAAGAUUGACGCCGGAUAAUCGAUAUGGGCGUUCAUGCGUAUGUUUUCAUCCUUUCAAGUCUAAUGAACAGUCUCUCGUGUGGAAUAGAUGUUGCAAACACUCGUUCCAAAAGAGGGUUUUCUAUAUGCAAUGACGGUGGGGGAUCGUACGUAGACCAGACCGGAAGUUGCCAGUGCGCGCCUGGGUGGGAGGGACCCUUGUGUCAGACCGAGAUGUCCACGUAUAAGGCCAAGCUACAGGCGCAAAAGUCGUUGGAGUUUUAUCUGCAGUCCGUUGGUUUAUACACAGAUGCCGACAUACCAGCUAUUCAUGGCGAGUUUACUCAACUGUUCAGUACCAUCAACACUUUCCAUCGAGUGUUUGUGGAAAUCCUGAGGUACGAACAGGAUCCCAAUCUGACCAAACUCCAUCUCGACGUCUUCUAUAUAUCUGUACCUCUGGCUGACGUUGUUCAUCGCACCUCUAUGAACAUCUUCAACGUGACCACCGGGGAUAUUCCUAUUGUCAUUGAAGGAAAAUUACUGACAUUUGAUCAAGCCAGUCCAGCACUUGUCAAAAACACUGCCGACUCGCAACUUUAUGUUGGAAUAUCAAGCGAGAUGAAAACAAACACAUGCUACAUUUACGACGUGAUCAACGCCUGUGAGAACAAGGGAAAAUGUCUGCCGUAUGAAGGGAAGCCCGCGUGUAUGUGUACAUUGAGAUAUUCCGGACAGUUUUGCGAAAUCGAAGUCAAGAGAGGAAGUGACAGGGAUAAAGAAACGCUUGCUAUACUGUUUCCAGUUGUCGCCGUGGCUCUGUGCGUUUUCUUUGUACUGCUUUUCUUCAUAACUUUGCAUCGGGUUUCAAUGUCAAAGAAAACAAAGAAACCGGAUUGGUCAAACCAGCGGGCCCGGAAAUGGUGGACCGAGAUGCCUGACGGAACCGUCCGCCUGCCACGUCUCUCCCUAGAGGAAAAGAUACAAUAUGACACUUUCAAAGAACAAACGCAAACGAGACAGACUCCUGCGAACGUCAAGGUGACUUAUCGGUCGGGAGAACCUAUUAAUACAUAUACUGCUAUGAAUCUGAAGGAUUUUGAAAUCACAAAUCCAGGCGGAAAAAAGAACCGACCGGGCUCCGAGUCUGAGGUUCAGGUAUAUCAACUUCUGGAGACGGGAAGAUUAGAACACUUCUGAGGCGGUCUCUGUGCGAUAGCAGGGGGCGAACGGUACCAGAAUAACCUCUUCAGAAGGGCUUCCUUUCUGGAGAAAUCGAAGACUUUCAAAAGCAUUCGGUCGUGUACGUGAAAGAAUCGAUAGACCUACGGAAAUAAUCCGUCACCAUGGUAGACUGGUCCAGAACAAGAACAAGUGUACACAGAUCUCUCAUUUCCUUUUCACUUUUUUAUUAGACAUUUUGUGUUAUUUCAGUAUUAGUCUUCUUGCAGAAACACUCUAUUUUAAUCGUGAAUUAUGAAUCAUCAGUAUUGCAUACAAUUUACAGGUACUAUUAUUUUAUUUUUUUUUCUUAUUUGCUGUAUCCGUCCAUUCAAUCUUAUCACUUUUGUGCCGUCCCAGAUGUAUACAUAUGGAAUUAUUUGCGAUUAGGCACUGUAAUACUUUUUUAUUGUUUUAAAAUAUUUCUUUGAAUUUUC